UUUUCUAACACUAAUUUGCGAGCUCAGAGCGUAGUCUUCUAGCUUAGUUUAUUGCUUCAAAAUGCGCUGUGGCAGUUUUCUAACACAGAUUCUUGUUCUAAGUUCUUAGUGUCAGUUUUCUAACACAAAUUUCCGCUUAAGGGCGUAGUAAGGGCUUUAAUCAGUUUAAUAACAUAGAAUAUCGCUUGGAGACGCGUUUUCUAACAGUUUCAUGCAGUUUUCUAACAUAAAUUAUCGCUUCGAAACUCGUAGUGACAGUUUUCUAAGGCUUAAUUCUCGAACUAAGCGCCUAGUGUCAGGUAUCUAACAGGUAUUAUUACUUCAAAAUGCUUAUGGCAAUUUUCUAUCACAGAUUCUUCUUCUAAGUGUUUAGUGCCAGUUUUCUAAGACAAAUUCGCGUUUUUAGCGGAUAGUAUUAAUUGCAAUCAGUUCUCUCAUACAGCUUUUAUCGCUUCGGGCCUAAAUGUUUCACUUGAGGUUCGACUCUUCCCCUAAAAAAUUCCGAAGAGUAUUUUUGGCUUAGUUUAUUUUACAGCACUAUUAUUUAGCCUACGUAGGAAGCAUUAAAGUAACAUAACAGUGCUUUAAAAUAAAUAAUGCCUACUGUACUCUUCGUGGUCGUAUACAGGGUUGUCCUAAUAUUUUAUUUAAUACAGGCAAUGCUGCGAGUCUUUCAUAAAAGGUGUUCACUUUUUCUGAUGUAACAAGGAAAUUUUUUAGAAACCAGGUCCGAAAAACACUUUUUUCUCGAAAACUAUGCAAGAUAAGGCAAAAAAUAAAAGUAUCUUGUAUAUUGUUUGGAGAAUUGUCACAAGCGGUGUAUUUGAGACAAAAGAUGACCUUUUUGGUUAGAGUCAUCCAAUGGAAUAGUUUUUGUAACCUUCUGAUUCAUGUCAAAGGGCAUAAAAAGAAAGAGAUGAUAAGAUAGAAUUUCCUCUAACGAAUACCAGAUUCUUUCGCACACACCUUUAGUGCCCAUUUUCGCACUCUGAUAUACCAGCGCGAGCCGAAAUACCUACCUGUUAUUUUAAGCAGACUCUGAACCGUGCAGUGCCAGUAUGUGAGAACCGAAACAGCUUUGACUUUGCAAAAUGGUGUCCUCUGUAUGCGGCAGUGAUCACGUCAACGGACGCAAUAACAACUAUUACCCAAAUAAGGAGCAAAUCCGCAAACGAAAAGAAGAGGAAGAUCGUCUAGCGGCCCAAACGGAGUUUCUGAACAGAUCUUUGCGAGGCAGCCGGAAGUUGCAAGCGUUGGAAAGCAGACCUCAAGGUGCGGUGAACGAUGCCUUUGCCGGGGAUGAUAGCGAAGAGACUACGACGGAUGCGGAUACGAUCGGUGACGUCACGCCCGGGGAGGGCAAGGAACAAGUGCACGUACAAUAUGUAUACGGCGACCUAGUAUCCGCAGUGCAGCGUCUCCAGCUGCAACUGAAGAAAGCGGCAUGUGCCGCGGGCAGUACCGGCGUCCUAGGCGGUCUGGAAGGCAGAAUCGCCGCGGUACAGUCGCUGGUACUCUCGCCGCAGUUCGGCCGGGCUUUAGCAGUGCACAACAGGGUGCAGGCCGCACGCAGACGAGCGGUGUCCGCGCGGCAGCCGCGCGCGGACGCGCAGCGCGCGCUGAGGGAGUGCCUAGACGCAGUCGCGGGGUCGCAGAGCGCGUGCGCCGUUGAGCUGGCAGCGUUGCUUACAGGUUACGAAUUUGAAGCCCUGAUGGUGGCCCACGACGGCGUGGCAUCCAUGUUGCCUCUGGAUUCGCCCUGUGCGACUCCAACGGCGACUGAAACUCUACCACCUGCAGCAGCGAAUCGAUGUUACGGGGAGGAGAACAUCAAAGUAAUCAAGAUCGAGAAAAGCACUGAACCACUUGGUGCUACUGUCAAGAAUGAAGGAGAUGCUGUCGUUAUCGGAAGGAUAAUCCGUGGUGGCGCCGCAGACAAAAGCGGUCUCCUCCACGAAGGUGACGAGAUCCUGGAGGUGAACGGCAUAGAGAUGCGUGGAAAGAGCAUCAACGCAGUCUGUGAUAUCUUGCAAACAAUGGAGGGCACGUUGACCUUCCUGAUAGUGCCAGCGGCGCAGACGCGCCAUUUUAAUAACAGGGACUCGUUCCUGCAUGUCAGAGCCCACUUUGACUAUGACCCCGAAGAAGACAUGUACAUUCCGUGCCGAGAAUUAGGCAUUAGUUUCCAGAAAGGCGACGUAUUGCAUAUCAUAAGCCAAGAAGACGCGAACUGGUGGCAGGCGUAUCGCGAAGGCGAAGAAGACCAAACGUUAGCUGGAUUGGUACCAUCCCAAUCGUUCCAGUACCAAAGGGAAAGCAUGAGGUUGGCCGCUGAGGAACGGAUGACCAAGCCGCAGAGGAAGAGUACGACCCUAUUGUGCGGGAAGACGAAUAAGCGGAAGAAAAAGAAAGGGAUAUAUGCUGAUGGGGGUUAUCCGAUGUAUUCAAAUACCGUGGAUGAGUAUGAUCCUGAAGAGAUACUCACUUAUGAGGAGGUAUCACUGUAUUAUCCAAGGGCAAAUCAUAAGAGGCCGAUAGUGCUGAUAGGACCUCCAAAUAUCGGAAGACAUGAGUUGAGACAAAGGUUGAUGGAAGACUCGGAAAGAUUUGCUGCUGCCAUACCACAUACGUCGCGAGCGAGGAAAGAGAACGAAGUAGACGGACAAGAUUACCAUUUCAUAACUCGUGCUCAGUUCGAGGCGGAUAUUCUGUCAAGGAAGUUCGUCGAACACGGCGAAUACGAGAAAGCGUACUACGGUACUUCCUUAGAUGCCAUAAGGUCGGUAGUGAAUUCCGGAAAAAUCUGCGUUCUGAAUCUCCAUCCGCAAAGUUUGAAGAUCCUUCGGACGUCAGACCUGAAGCCGUACGUGGUUUUUGUUGCUCCGCCUGGACUAGAAAAGCUGAGACAGAAGAAGAUUAGGAAUGGAGAAUCUUAUAAGGAGGAAGAGUUGAAAGACAUCAUAGAAAAAGCGAGAGAGAUGGAGGACAAGUACGGCCACUUCUUUGACAUGAUCAUCAUCAACAAUGAUACGGAAAGAGCCUAUCACGAUCUGUUGAGUGAAAUCAACAGCUUGGAGCGGGAACCUCAAUGGGUUCCAGCGGCGUGGGUCAAAUCAACGUAAUAGAAGGUUAUGAGUGGAGAACCCCCAGGAUAUUGAAAGUAAUGGUUCUUAAAUUGAGUUUGAGUAUUCUCUAAAUCUAUUUUCAGAUCAAAGUGUUAUUUACAACUUCUUGAAAAGAGAAGUUAUUAGUAAAACAUCUAAGUUAUCUGUUAGAUAAUAUUUUUUAGGGGCAUACGUGGGAGAUUACAGGAUUUAGUUUUUAGUAUCCAAAUCCAGGGAAGAGAUUCUUGCUAAUAUAAUGCUUAAGGUCGCACAUCUCCUUUUAACAGCCUGUUUGAAGGGGAAUUCUGAAUACUUUCAUUUCAGUCUGAUUGUUUCAUGGCGCGUAUCGAGGUAAACUAUAUCAACAAUUUUUUGUCUAAGAAUGAAUUUUUGGCUUUUCUACAAUCGUCAAUUUAAAAAAAAUUAUAGUACUCAUACUGGAGCGGGUAAUUACUUUUUUUUGUCAUUUUUUUCUUUGAAAAAAUCUAUAAGAAAAACUGAUUACCCGCUCUGGUCUACCAAAAAAGUGGAAAAUUCUCAAACAAUUUCGGAGCUUCAAUGUUAUUUAUCAAUAAUUGUAUUAUUCUAAAAAACUGUACAAAAAUGUAUCAAAAUGCAUUUCAUGACAGAAAAUGAUAAUAUAUUGUUCUUAAGUUAUCUCUAUAUACACCACGAAAUAAUCAGAUAAAAUGAAUUUUUCAAACUGUUAAAAAAAGGAAAAUUUAAAAUUUUUGAAUUCAUGUUAUUUGAACAAUUUUUUUUUUCAUAUUUCUACGUGCUGAAUCUAUUUUAAACUAUCUUGAAAAUAUUCUGUAAAAUCCUGUAUUAUGAAAACACCCAUGCGAAGGUUCUGAAAGAUUUCGCGAAAUACUCAAAAAAGUCCGAAAAAUAUCACCUAUGUUCGUCACCUCAAUAACUACGUUUUUUCUUUAAUCUUGAUCCAUUACUUUCAGCAUGCUGGAUGAAUUGUACUUUGACUGAGAAUUAAAAUACGAGAAAGCUAUAUAUAUAUAUAUAGUCAAGUUUUUAUAUAUGUAUAAUAGUGAUUUUUAUUGACUGAAAACUUUUAUUUGAUGUAAGAAGCUUAUUUGAAAUGAUCGGUAAGAGAUACGAGAGGAAUCAAAAUGAAAUGGUCUGUAAACGCUUCUGUCAGUAGGGCGACUACGUUCUUUCUAGAAUCAAAACGAUUUCAAGCUCCUCCUUGAAAAAAUCUUUGCGCCGCCCAUGCUUAAUAGUGCGCGCUGUUACGUAGCAUGUUCCACAUCAAAUCAGUUGAUCCUUCUGCCACGGACAAUUAAUGCAGACUAGAUAGAAAGAGCCUACGGUUUGCUUGUCUCCGAAAUACCAAUGUGUAGGAAGCAUGGAGCCUGUACAGGGUGAUUCACAAGUCGUGACAAAAAAUGAAACAUCAUACACAGGACCGCAUUUCAGAGGGGUCUUCAUUUUUUUCGAAACGCGCAAUUUUUCGAAUUUUGAAUUCUCUGACGGAUACAAGUGCGGGAUUUAAUAAAGAAAAACAUAUUUCCGCUAAAUUUCUUGUAACUUGUUCAGAAACCACCUUUCCAUUAGUGGUUUGUGGAUUUUUUUGAAAUGUAGCAAUUCUGAGGAAUAUUGCCCCAUCUGGCAAUGCUGUGCUUUGACAUAUACGCCAUACGAACGAUUUCCAGGCAGCGUGAAUCUGUACGUAUCUGUUUUAUGAUAAAACUUGAUUGAAAAUGGGAAACUUAGUCAUUUUGAAUCCAGAACGAACAUAGUUCUCCUAAUUUUGUCCACAAUAUAUGCUGCAUAAGAUAUAAGGCAGUCGAAUAUUCUAACCUCACAAAUUGCAGCAAGGUAAACAUUUAGGUUAACGUCAGAAGCAGCAAGUCUUAAGAUUUAUUUCAUUAAAUAUGUUUUUAAUAUUCCGACUGCCUUAUAUCUAUAGUUAUGACAGUAACUUACCUACAGAAUCAAAAAGUGUAAUUAUUCGUACGAAAAUGUAGCGAUGUAUGUAUUUGCAAAGUAAUGUGUAAAGUUUAAAGGUUAUUUUAUUGAUGUUCGACUUUUGUGGCCUAUGAUGAGAUGCUCACUCAGACUCGAUACAACGUUUUUGAAAAAACACUCUCACCAAGUUUGGUUUCUGCUAGUAUUGAAACUAGAAAAUUUUCCAAAUUUAAUAAAACUCUAGAAAAUACAAGAGAAACGAUUGAGUCUGUUUUUAAAUGUUACUUAUCAUUCUAAAAUGUUGAUUUGAUACGUGUACCUGUUUGAAUUUCAUUACAAACAUUUUAAACUGUUGAAGUGUGUUUUGAAAUCCUUCUUUUGAAGAACGAUUCUGACACUGUGGUUGGAACACUUUUUCUAAGACGGGAAACAAAGCUUAUUUGUAUGCUGCUCAAGUCUUAACCUCAAUCUUAACUGUUGGCGAGGCAGUGUGAAAUUUGACACAAAACUAAAAGGUACAAUAUUAUUUCUAUCCUUAUGGGAACAGACAAAAAUCAAGUAGGUAAGAUAUAUAAAAGGGAACUCUGCUAACAGCAUUCUAAUUAUACUGGUACGGAUUCAAUACUUACAGUAUUUUGUUAGUUGUUUGAGAUCAAAUAUUUUGCGAUUUGAAAACUGGCUACAGUUCUCAAGGUCACGCUUAACUCAAAAUGUUUCCAAAGACAUUUUUCAUGCUCGGUUCUUGACAAAUUUUUCAUUGCUUUGGCUUGUCAAACAUGUGUCAAAUUUCGACCUACCACCUGUGUGUUGAACCUUCUCUAGAUGUUUAUCGAAUAUAAGGAUGGGCGAGUUUGACAUAUGACGUAUGAUGAUGGUAAACCGAGGCACGGCAAUAAUUGUAUAUAAAAACGUAGUAUAUAAAAAAUCUUAUGUUUAUUGCUCAGUAUAUAGUGCCAGAAAUCGUAUAUAUGUGUAGAAAAGAAGUAGCACACAGAAGAAUAGAUCGAAGUGUGUCCAAAGUAGCAUCAUGGGAUGCAUUUAGGGAACGAUAGCACUUAAAUCGCUCAACUCAGCGAUGCAGCUGAUGUUAACCAUUGCAGUGGUGUCACUUUCUGAACGCACCAACUGGAAGGAUGAGUCGUACAAUGUUACAUCCUUUUUCAAACACAACUUUUUAAAAUGUAUGUUCGAAGAUACGUAAAUAUUUUCUAAUAAAAUUUAUUAAAUGUUUAUUAUUAUUUUAAAUCCUUUGACGUAUUCCGCCUGAUGAUAGUCAAUCGAAAAUGGCGCCAAAAAGUGAUCGAAGAUCAAAGCGACAUCUAUCAGACAACAGCAGAACCAAACACCAUAACUUCUUUCAAAGUAGACUUCUAAAUGGACAUGUGUUUUGCUUAGACAUUUUUUGUGACAUUGGCCUUUGAUACCUCAAGACGCGGACACGAGAUUUUCUGAAUCUGUUGAGACUACUUUUAGAAUAACAAAAUACACUGCAUAAUCAGGUAGAAUACGUUGAUCGAACGUGUGAAUGACUUCUUUUUUCGUUUUUAGGAAUGCCAAAAUUUUAGCGCCGUCGAUGUAGGUUAUAGAAAACAAAUUUGACGUCUAAUCGUUGGUACAAUAACUAUUUCUAAAAUAAAUUUCUAAACUUGAUCGUAUUCUAAAAACUUCGACUUGAGAAUGCACACGUUCUCGCGUUCUUUCAAUAUAGUCCAGUCAAUCGAGGCAAAAAGAACCUUUUGAGCUGGAUUUUAAUGAAAAUGUUAAAUACAAUAAAAUAGAAACAAGUACUUAUUGUUUCCAUAUCAGUGUGUACUACUUCUAUAUUACAUUAUAAUAUCAAAUACAGAGAUCUACUCAUAUAAACUCAUAGAAAUACUAUCAGUUUUUAAAUCGAUUAUAGCCUUCAGAUUAUAUUCAGAAAAUGCUAGAAAAUUAUACGUGGCAUUUUACGGAAAUUUGUGUUCGAUUACAAAAACCUUUUUCGAAUUUCGGACAAAAAUGUCAAAAUUUUGGUAUUUUAAUAUUUCAUUCGUUCCAUCUGCUAUCGAUUGGUUUUUUGUUUUUGUAUUUUGUAGCCAGUCAUUUUCACACCCAGUAUUUUUAAACCUUUCAUCUUUAAUUUGGAAUCCUUGAACGUGUACUAAACAAAAAUGCCAUUUGUCUUUUCUAGGUGUUUUCUGUAGUCAUCGGGCUACAUUAAGAAAACUUUAAUUGAUGUUAGUAAAAUUCCAAUCUAUUAAAAUACAUAUUAGAAUUAUUUUAUAGUGAACCAUUUAGGAAAGUAUAUAGUAUUUCUUUGUUUUAGUAUUCCAUACUGAGUGUAUAAUAUAUAUUUUAGAGGAAAUUAUACUUAGUAUGUAUAGUCGAAAAUUAUAGUACAUAUUUAACUAUAGUGUCCAACAAGGAAUCAAUUUCUUCGAUGUAAAAACAAUACGUCUUUUAGUUUUUCUGAUUUCGAUUCUAAAAACAUUUCAUACGAUGGUAUACUUUGACUGUCUUUAUUUAUUUUUGACUAAAAGAAAACCUUUUACUCGUUGAAAAUUCUCUAGAUCGUUUUAUAAUAAUCGCAUUCGUUAGAUGACCCUUUAUGAAGAAAAAAGGCGGUAACCCUGUGCGAAUAUUUUUUAAACAAAUUACAAAAUGAAGUUUUUUCGCUCUGGACCAAGCUUUUCUAGAUACUUUGAACCAUUGUGAUAAAAUAGGUACUUUGUAAAUUCUCUGUCCUGUUUUCGAGUUUUAAACGAUUUAAUUUUUAAAAAAAGCCGACGGCCAUUUUCAUUACCAAAGAUGGUCAAUAUCGAUCUUUAAAAAUAUUUUUAAGGUUGCCUAAGAAGUCCAUAGUUUUUGGUAAAGGGUAUUUUAUUGUGAAAUAUAUUUCUUGCUGGACAUUACACGUAUUUUCCAAGGUCAACAUUAAAGCAUGUUGAUUUUUGUAUAUUUCUAAUUUUAACUUAACCUUCCACAUUUUCUAGAACUGAAGUCGUGCGUGAAUUGUUCGUAUUUUUAUUGUUUAUUUAUUUCUUGUUAUUGUUUAAUGUAUAUACAAAUAUAAUUGAGAUUUGUAAAUAUAUAAUGCAGACCCUAUGGCGUCGAACAACGGUUUACACAAUGUAUAAAAAUAUAUAUUAACGCAUAUAUAUAUUGAUCACGUGACUUCGGAGUUCCUUUUUUCAUUAUUAAAAACCUAUUUUUCUUAUACAUUCGUUGUUUUAGAAUUACCGCAGAAAUAAAUAUUUCUCACCAUUA